AUGGACGACGAUAGCGGCCAGACUCCCUCUGUCCACAACCCCUCCAGUGGCACCACUCCCCAAGGAGCUUCCACCAACUCGGGUACGCCUUCGCAGAGCCACCUUACCCCUUCUGCUACGGGAGCUUCAUCGACGGCCUCACAGCCAUCUGGUCAGGGGGGCUCGUCUGCUAGCCAAAGUUCCAAGCGUAAGCGCGGACUUGGCAUCGUUACCCCCAACGCUUGCACUGAAUGUCGCAAGAAACGAGCCAAGGUGUGUUAUUUCCUUUUCGUGAUUUGCUUCAGCGUGACAUUGCCGAUGUGCACCGCUUUUUGCCAAAGGAGCACGCUGACAUAUACACUGCUGCAGUGCGACGGACGAAAGCCUUGCGGACGGUGUCAGGCUCAAAGAGAGGCCGACUGCGUUUACGAAACCCCUAUCCGACAGUCCAAAGAGCACCUUCGAACGGAAAUUGAAUCGCUGCGCCAUAGACAGCGAUCUAGUGAUACAGUGAUUUCCGCCCUCGUGCGACCGCAGUUAUGGGAAGAGGUCCUGAACCGCUUGCGCGGCGGCGAGUCAGUCGAAAGCAUAUCGGAAUGGCUCGGAGGACCAGUAUCCCCCCAGGCUGUUGGUAGCGGCAGCAGUAGCGGUCCUCUCCCUGUUCCGAUCCGACAGAUGACCGGAGUAAGGCCCGAAUCCUGCACGACGCCUCUGCCCGACUUCACCCGCCCCACCACGAUUACCCUCACUGCCAACAAUCUCGGUGUCGGCGGGCUCCCUGGUGUGGUUGCCACUGAACGUCAGUUGCAGCAACCACCAUCCAUACGUGGUAGCCCCUGGGCUACGUCCAACCAUAACGGCUCGUACACGGAGCCCAUGAGCUGGACCCUGGACGUGCCCGGCGGUGGCGCCGCGCCACCUGAGGUUGUGCACUGGGGCGACCAUGAUCGGCGGCAGUCUCUGCCCGCCACGAUGCCGCGCUUUCACGGGCUAAAACAGAUCUUGUCGCCCUGGGACGAACCAGAUAUUAUGUCUACCCAGACUACAUGGACCAACCUCACCAACGACAUCAACCUGGUUCAGCACCUGCUCGCCCUCUACUUCUGCUGGGAGUACCCAACUUUCGCGUCGUUGAGCAAGGAGCACUUCCUGCGUGACUUCCAGGAUGGCCGCCCUCGCUUCUGCUCAACCAUCCUGGUCAAUGCCCUUUUGGCUCUGGGCUGCCGGUUCUCCACUAAACCCAUGACGCGGGCCAACCCCAACGACCCUUACUCGUCGGGCGAUCACUUCUUCAAAGAGUGCCAGCGCCUCUUCUACCAGGAGACGGAUCAUCAUUCCCUGACCACGAUCCAGGCCCUCGGUAUUAUGUCUAUCAGGGAGGCUAGCUGCGGCCGAGACUCGGAGAGUUGGUAUUAUGCUGGACAGAGUAUCCGGCUAGCCAUUGAGAUGGGACUACAUCGCAUCUCGGACGAAGGCGAUGAGGAUGAGCUCGCCGUUCAAUCGGCCACAUUUUGGGGUGCUUUUGCUUUAGAUCAUGCGUGGUCUUUGGCUACGGGAUCUCUUCCCCAGUGCUCGUGCUUCCCACACUUGCCUCCUAAGUCUGCCAUCAUUGACGACAUUGAAGCGUCGUUGUGGGUGCCAUAUACUGAUGAUGGUGAGACCUCUUUUCGACAACCCCUCAAGGCACUUCUGGCUAACAAUUCUUCCGCUGGUACAGGUGCCUCUUUACUUGAAAGGUGUGAGCAGCCGUCCAACGUACGAUCUGUGUACAAAUGUUUCUGUGAACUCAGUGAACUUGUUCACCAGUCACUUUACAUUUUGCAUUCUCCCGGGAGACCCCUGACAGCGAGGGAUAUGUUGGGUAUUUAUACCCAGUACCUCAACUGGUACGAUCGUAUCCCAGAAGUGUUACGGCUAGGUCACAAUUUCACCCCUGCCGUCCUGUUUGCCCACAUGUACUAUCACUUCGCCAUCCUCCUUCUCUUUCGACCCCUGAUCAAGUUACGGAUUUCCGGGUCCACGGUGACGCCGCGCGAUGUGUGCUGUCAAGCAGCCGAUGCCAUCCAAGGUUUACUCCGUUCGUACUCACAACUGUAUACUUUACGUCGAACCCCGUCAUUCGUUCCUUAUUUCGUCUUGACAUCAGCCAUUAUGCACCUUGCCAUUGGCGCAGUGUCGGAUCCCGACACGGUCCCUGGGUCCUCAACAACCGAAAAGAUGGAGUCAGCAGCCAAGAUGGACCCGAAGGUGUCUGCAUCACUGAGACAAGGAAUAUCGGAUCUGACUGAAAUGGCCCCCUGCCACCAGUUUGCCGAGCAGGCCCUUAACAUCUUGCGGUACAUUGCCAAGAAGUGGAACAUUGACGUCAAGAUUUAUGAGAGCGACCCCCCGACUGACUACGACCGGCUCGUCAAACCUUACACUAGCAGUCUCAACUUCUUUGCCCCCGACGUACGCGAGGAGGAUUUUUUGCGCGACUGGGGUAACAGGCCGCCGCCCACUGAAGAUUCAGUGGGUGACGGCACGUCGACGUCGCUUCCCAAAGCCGCUGAUAACCUCGGGAAUCCGCUGUGUUGGCCUUUUCCCAUGCAGGGUAGACCCAUCCUUCCCAUCGGGAAGGAACUGGAGCAGGCGGGAUUUGCGCCGUUGUAA